CGUUUAAGCUCAAACCAGAAAGUAUGUCGACAUGUGUCUGUAACGACUGCCACGCCGUUAGCUGCCUGAACGCAGCCGAACGGAAUGGCUUCCUCAGAACUUCCCCGGCUGCUAAUUUAAGUGGCUUUAACAAGUGACGUGGGACGUGGGAGUCAGCCCACGCCUCGUAUAUCUUGCCUGAGAGUGAGGCGCGCGUUUUCAGCCACACUUUUUUCGCAUUGGGAUAGAGCAACAGAUUGAUGGAGAAGAAUGGCCCGCAUCUCGUUGGACUGUACCGUCUCUUUGCCAGGGAUCCCCCUCAGCGUGCUCUCGGUGCCCAUGGAGAAUAAGUACAAAUGUCAGCAGUGUCUCCUGGUCCUGAGGAAGCCCGUCCAGGCUCAGUGCGGCCACCGCUUCUGUGUACACUGCUUCAGGCAGCUCACCAGUUACGGGCCGAAGCCCUGCGACGCCUGCCGCCAGGAGGAGAUCUACGAGGAGCCUAUUUCGAUUCUCAAUAGUAACGAGGCCUUUCCUGACAACGCAGCUGGCAGAGAGAUCGCAAGUCUUCCUGCCAAGUGUUUGAACCAGGGCUGUGAUUGGAAAGGCUCCAUUAAAGAGUACGAGGCUCAGCACGAAGGCCGCUGUGAACUCGAAAGGGUGCAGUGCGAGGCCUGCAAGACCUCCGUCCUCUGCACGGAGAAGGAGAGACACAACGAGAGAGAAUGUGAAGCGAGAACGCUCAACUGUAAAUACUGCAAAAUGACCUUCAACUUUAAAGAGAUCAAGGCCCACGAUGAGAUCUGUCUAAAGUUUCCCUUACAGUGCAAAGACUGUGGCAAGAAGAAGAUCCCAAGAGAAAAGUUCAAUGACCACAGCAAGUCCUGUGUCAAGUCAAAGAGUGCCUGUCCAUUCAGUGAAGUGGGCUGCAAAUAUGUGAUGGAGAGCGGGAAGCUGGGCGACCACGAGCACGGCAGCACCAUGGAGCACCUGCGUCUGCUGCUGCCCCUGGUGCUGUCCAUGUCCCUGACGCGGGCCGACGCCGCCGACCCGGGGGAGCUGCAGGAGGACUCCGGCCUGGGCCUGUACAGGGCUCCUGAGGAGGGAGCCGCUACGGGAACCGGAGCUGCAGCCUCCGCGCAGUCCCUGGACGUGGACAAAAAGGUGAACGCUUUAGAAAACAUUGUGUGCGUCUUGAACCGAGAGGUGGAGCGCAACUCGGUGACGCUGGAGGCCUUCUCGCAUCAGCAUCGAUUAGACCAGGAAAAAAUUGAAAACCUCUCCAACAAAGUGCGUCAGCUGGAGCGGACGGUGUCCAUGAAGGACUUGCAGCUGUCCGCAACGGACCAGCUGCUGAAAGAGCUCCAGUUCUGCACCUACGACGGGAUAUUUGUGUGGAAAAUCUCGGACUUCUCGCGCCGGCGGCAGGACGCCGUGGCCGGUCGAACGCCCGCCAUGUUCUCGCCGGCGUUUUACUCCAGCAAAUACGGCUACAAGAUGUGUCUGAGGCUAUACCUGAACGGCGACGGGACGGGCCGAGGGACGCACCUGUCGCUGUUCUUUGUCGUCAUGAGGGGAAAGUGCGACGCUCUGCUCAAAUGGCCGUUCAGCCAGAAGGUGACCCUGAUGCUCUUGGAUCAGAACAACAGGGAGCACAUCAUCGACGCCUUCCGCCCCGACGUCACCUCCACCUCCUUCCAGCGGCCGAUCAGUGAGAUGAACAUCGCCAGUGGCUGCCCGCUGUUCUGUCCGCUGGCUAAGCUGGCGGGCAAGAGCCCCUACCUGAGGGACGAUACCAUAUUCAUCAAAGCUAUUGUAGACCUCACGGGCUUGUAAGGGGUGUUCUGUGGAAGAUGCACCUAAGCCAUAACAAAACAACAUAGUGGGAAAAUGAAGAAUAAUAAUAAUAAUAAUAAUAGAAACACAUAUUUUAUACUAUCACAAUAUUUAUACUAAUUAUGUCUUUUAUGAAUUUAAUAUCAUAUCUAAACUAUAUCACUUUGGUCUAUAUGACCAAAUGUCAUCAAGUGUCACAUUAUGACAAAUACACACGCUUGUGGUUGUGUGAUGUUUAUGGACAUCAGGCGCUGCUUUGUUAUACCCGCCUCAUGGAGGUUUUGCCGUUUCUGUCGAGAUCUUGUAGAGUUUCAACUUUGGCAGUAAUUAGAUCACAUAAGAAGUUAGCGUUUCCGUGUAGAGAUCUUAAAACUUCAGCGCUUUAGUUUUAGUAACAUUAAAGUGGCGGUCUUUUAGAUAUUUGCAGUUUUAAAAAUUGGGUUUCUGUGGUGAAAUUACUAGGGACAAGAAGUGGAACUGUCUCAAAACAAUUUGAAUAUAAAGUAUGUUAUUAUGGCAUUUUAAAAUUACUACUAAACUAUGAGCACAAUGCUGUUUUCAGAUCUUAAGGAUUGCCUGUUUAAGAACUGCUAAGUAUCUCUGAUGAUAAAAGGUGCGCAAGCGUUGGUCAUCUUAAUGUGUCCCUGUUGGCAUUAGAGGCAAAGCUGAGAAUCAUAUAACAAAUAUUUGUAUCAAAUACUCAGUAUAUAGUAUCUACAAUUUUACAAUAACUGCUCUUCACACCCGGUCAAACAUCAGCCAAAGCCGCCUGGCAGAGGUGGAAGUUUCCCUUCUGCAGGAUUUGAUUAUUUGUAAAUAGAUGUAUUUAAAUACAACUUUGACAUCUAAUCCUGCCCCCAUGUGAAGAGAGGCCUCUUGCUGUUCCUACUGCACACGGCCAUUUAAACAGCGCAAAAAGCCCAGUAAUUCAGUCCAAACUGACAGUCCUACAAAACGUUAUUCGGUAACAGGUUUAUAGAUAUUUUAUUUUAGUACAACAUAGGGCUGCACCAUAAAGUGAAAGAUGCAGUUCUCUUAUCUUACAAAAGAAAGUAGCACAAGGAAAAUAAUCUUUUCGGUAGUUUCUGCACAUCACCUCACAAAUAUCACUGAUAGUUUGGAUGCAUUUAAUAAAGAGUUAAGGUUAGUAGUGUAAAAAAAAACACUUUUUAUCAUUUAGCGCAAAUCAAUUCCAUCUAUAUAAACGAAUAACCAAUUAUUCACCUUAUAUCAGAUAAACUGUAAUCUUAUAGCUUUGUUCAAAAUUAUAAUUAGGAGUUAUCUAAAAAUGUCUUAUUCUUAAUUAUAUUAUUACUCUAAAUUCUAACCACAGCUCCUUUAAGGGAAUUAAAUGUUAACUGUUCGCUAUUAUAUUAAAUGACUGAUGGUGAA